AUGGAGACAUCGAGCGCUCCGCCUCCUGAUGCGGUUGCUACCAGAAAGCAGCCUCCGCCUGAGAAGCCAGAAGCUGUGACCUUGAGAACGAAGAUCGUGAUAUCUUUCUGGGCAGUCAUACUUCUACUUGGACUCCCCACAUGGUGGCAGACAACGUCAAUAUACAGGGCCAAUCUGCCGCUUCAAGACAUGGUCAAUUGGGCAGAGGGUUUCAAUAUUCCUGCCGCUAUCCCCUUGCACAUCUGGAUUCAGCCGUCUGGCUUCCCAUGCUCCGACGCGGAGCGCCUGGUGCGCGACACGCAACAAGUCCUCGACGACCUCAACGAAUACCCAACCCUGCACCAGAGACUACACCUCGUCAGUCGCUUGUCGAGCACCAAAAGAGACGGCCAAGAAGGAGACCGUCCGGGCUGUGGUGGAGAUCCUACAGAUCCAGUUCUCGGAGAUCCAGCCCUGAAGAUCAUACUGGAGCCAGCUCCAGACACUUUCGAGUUCAAGUUGGACGUAGUCACUGCCACAGCUACUGUACGUGGGUCAGGAAGCAACAUGCCCAAGCAACUGGCAAACAUCCUACAAGAUCUCUUCAAGGACGAGCAGAUUGCAGCAGCUCUUCAAGUUGUGUCUCUCGCGAGCCACUCGAAUUAUGCGCAGGCUUUCCUGAAAUCGCAGCCAUUCGACCAGGUCACCAGCAUUGAAAAGCGAAUCAGUCGUGCCUACAAGUCAUCCCCCGAGUUUCACUUGACUUUCUCCCUUUUCACGGCCAGCGGGUCCCCAUCUAGCUGGGAUGUUCAGGAAGCACUGAAAGAUAACGUCUAUCCUUUGGUACAAGCACUGUCCGAUACGGCACAAAUCGAUGUCACGACUCAGGUUCAGCUCUACUCGGCAUUUUCUCCAGCGGUCCAGCCUGUUCUCCUCGAAGGACGCAAUGGUACAUUCCUGCAAGAGCAAGACCUGACGGCAUUCGUGAAUGCUGCAGAGUGGCCACUUGCUCCUUCUAUCGGAGAAGGGCCCACGCUGAAUUUCAUCCUGUAUGUGCCCUCCAUCGACCAGAGUCCACUCACCAUCGAUAAGGUCGAGGGCACAUCUUGGUUGAUUCCCCAAUGGGGUGGUAUCCAGAUCCUUAAUCCGCCAAUGCAGGCCGAUGCCGUCUCUGGCACGGUGGUAUUGCCGGAACACCUGCCCAAGGAUAUCUUGCAGCAACCAUUCCAGACGUUCUCUUCGCAACUUCUGUCAUUGCUAGGUGUCUCACUCCCGGAUGGAGCGACGAAUGCUCUGCCUCUUCAGCUUCGUCUCGACGCUUAUAAGCGCUUCUCUGCACUUACUCUCUACCUGAAGGCUGCGUCCAGCUUGGGUUCACUAUCCAGAUUAGCGCAGCGGCUUAGCAACAUUCCAAUCCCAAGGAACGUUGCACAAUUAGUCGACGACACGAUUGGCAAUCUGACCACAUGUUGCCACGCUUUUCAGGACAGCAGAUGGAAUGCCGCCCUCUCUCACGCCAAGGUUGCCUACCGAGACAGCGAAAAAGCUUUCUUCGACAAGUCUAUGGUGGGACAGGUCUACUUUCCCGACGAACACAAGGUUGCUGUUUAUCUGCCUCUGCUCGGUCCCAUUGGAGUACCUCUCCUUGUCGGGCUCCUGCGAGAGAUCAAAAGAUUCGUGUCAAAAAGGAAGGCAGUUCCAAAGUAG